ACAUAUAUAAAACUAUUUCCGAUUUGAAAAUAUACAUAAGAUUGAAGAUAAAUAAAAACGAGGGUAUGCAGUGAUUUACUGAGCAAAACAUGACGGCAAGGCAAUUACAAAUUGAACGAGUGCUUUUCCAGGUACAGAGUUUAUUAAGCAGGCCCGCAGUAGGAGUUUGUACUUGUGGUUGGGGAUGUAGAAUCUAUUCUACUUCUGCCACAGAAGACCAGAGACACGGAUGGACCCGGGCCAGCAGACGGAAAAAACAGACGGGACACGAUCCCAGUGACAACAAUCCUUCAUUAUUGGGCUCCAUUUUUCAAAAGAGCAACACAGGUUUCUUGAAGGAUGUGGGAUCCAAAAUGCCUCAGUUCUCCGCAGGAAGUUUUAGACUUAAAGCAAAACAACAGCAGUCAGAUGAAUUACAAGUAAAGGCAACGAGCAGUCGUUCACUGACGUCUGAUGACCUAGAGAGGAGGAUAAAAAAUCACAUCAAGGAAAUUGAGGAGGAACUACAAAACCUGAAGACGACGCGGCAGCACGAGGACAGGAAGUGGCACAAGUUCGUGCUCGGGAUCAUGCUGUGCUCAGGACUCAUAGUAUACAAUGUGUUUUAUAAAGAUGAGAAAAUGAGGUGGAAGUUCUCUAUAAAUGUUCCAGGAAAUCAGAUUUCUAUGGUUGGUCCCGAGAAGACAGGGGUCAAUUUCAGCCAUGUUAAAGGGAUUGAUGAAGUCAAAGAGGAAUUGGAGAUAGCUGUCAAAUUUCUGAAGGACCCUAAGAAGUAUGCAACUAUGGGAGCAAAAAUUCCCAAAGGUGUACUAAUGGUGGGGCCGCCUGGCUGUGGAAAGACCUUCCUCGCCAAAGCUGUCGCUGGCGAGGCGGGCGUGAUGUUCUUCUAUGCCUCAGGCUCCAGUUUUGAUGAGAUGUAUGUGGGGGUUGGAGCCAAACGCAUCCGAGAUCUCUUUGAAGCUGCUAAGGACCACGCCCCCUGUAUUAUAUUUAUUGACGAGAUUGACAGUGUGGGUGUUAAGAGAACAGACAAUAACAGCUUUGCCUACCAGACACUCCAUCAGCUUCUUAAUGAAUUAGACGGGUUUGAUAAUGAAACAGGAGUGAUUGUGAUAGCCGCCACUAACAGAUCAGACUUCCUGGACGAUGCCUUAGUCAGGCCAGGUCGAUUUGAUGUCGUUGUCUCUGUGCCGCUGCCGGAUCUUAAAGGCCGAGAGGAAUUGUUCGAACACUACCUUGACAAAGUCCGCUGUGACAGCUCUAUUGAUGUGAACAAACUUGCCAGGGGGACGUUUGGAAUGUCAGGUGCUGACAUCAGUAACAUUGUUAACCAGGCAGCUUUCCAGGCGGCUCGAACGGGAAAAACAGAGGUGUCCAUGACAGACAUGGAUUUUGCUAAAGAUAAGAUUAUGAUGGGGGCGGAGAAGACGGCUAAAUUAACAGACCAGAAGAUGAUCGAGGUGAUGGCUGUCCGCGAGGCGGCGCAUGCCAUUGUAUCGUACUACACCAAACACACAGUACCGCUGUAUAAAACAACGAUACUGAGGAGAGGGACUAAUCUAGGACAGACACAAGUGUUGCCCAGUAAGGAGAUCUACAACCAGACUAAAGAAGAGAUUUCGGCCCGACUGGACUUCUAUAUGGCGGGGCGAGUGGCUGAAGAAUUGGUGUUUGGCAAGGACAACAUCACAACUUUGAGUGCCCCUUCCAUCAAGAGAGCAACAGAGUUAGCCAAGGCCUACGUUACACAGUGUGGGAUGUCGGAGAAGGCAGGGAUCCGUGUGUACUCCAGGGCAGAAGAAGCACUGACCAGUCCAGAGUACCAGGACCUCAUUAACCAGGAGAUCAAUCGAUUACUCAAGGAGGCACACAAAAGGGCCCAGACGGUCCUACAGAAGCACAGAACAGAACUGACUGCUUUAGCAGAGAACCUAAAGAAAUACGAAACACUUUCCAAAGAGGAGGUGGAGACCAUAUUACAAGGGAAGUCACUCAAGAAAUAGGGUCUCUAUGCUGUACAGUGAAAUAUAAUAAAAAGUAUGUGGUAAAGACUUGGAUGACUUCUUUAAAUCAUGUGUUAGAAGAUCUUCUGUCAGCGGAGGUUAGAAAGUAAGUGAUAUGACACUGACGUCAUGGACAUGGGAAUAGAAAGAUUUCCUAAGCAGUGGAUUGUUUGUCUGUUAUUCCUGCAUUGUUUAUUACACGUGGGUUUUUUUUUUUCAUUGGAAUAAAAUCCAAAGGAAGGUGAUAAGCUGUCGAAUUUAAUUCUGUUAUUUGAAUCCUAGCAACACGAGGUAAAAGAUAUGAAUUGUAAAAUUUUUGAGUUGUUCCAUAUGAAAAUGUACAUUAUAAAAUUAUUUAGAUAUGUUUAUUGUGAAAAUAGGCAUGGGCUGUGAAAUAAAGGCAUUUUGCUCUGA